UCCUUGAGGACACACCUCCCCGAACCGGUGAGGCCGGUCCGGUCCGGUCGGAACCCCCCCAGCCCUCUCCUCUAACCCAAAUUAACCUUCAGGCCUCAUUAUGUGACCGCGCGGACUCAAGCGGACCCGCUCGAGCUUUACAGGACUAAUCUGGACUAGCUGGACCUCCAUGGCGUCGACCCCCUCCGCCUCCUCCCUAUCCGCCGUUCUCCGGUGCCGAGAGGAGAUUUGGACCCGAAAUCUACCCGCUAAGCGGCCUGCCGCCGCCUACAGCCUCGGGCUGUCCGGCGGCGUGCGGGGCGAUGCUCCGGCCAAGCCCAGCGGACCAAACCGGGGGUUCGAGUGGAGGAUUUUCUCCCGGGGAGAGCGCCCGGUGGCGGGGAGGGGGCUCUACGUGGCGUGUCGGUGGAAGACCAGAGGGGAAGAAAUUUGCCGGGAAACGGAUAACAUGCAUAAUCGGAAACUUUCGCAACCCGCCCCCCCUCCUGUCCUGAACUGGCCAGGCUGCGUCAUCAAGUCGGAAACACGGACAGGAGUGCUCCACCUGUCCGUCACGAUACCGGUUCUACCGGAACCUUCUCCACUCGCCAUGAUUCUGAAGCUGCUGGUGUCCCGUAGGUCCAGAUCCGGAAACCUGCAGCUCCAUCAGAGCCACCCGAACCGAACCCAGCAGGUCCAACCCCGGAACACAUCUGGACCAGAGGGGACACAAGACAGACCUGACUGAGUCCAAGGCCUCGAUACCAAAAAUAGGUCCAACACGACCUGCCAAACUCUUAUUGACUUUCAGAUAGGAACUGGACUUCAGCAGAACCACCAGCGGCUGUUUGUCUCAGAACCAGCAGAUUCUGAUUCUGCAAGUUUGCACAAAAGCUCAUUUUAGCAGAAAUCAGCUGUGAUGAAACUCCAGAGAAAUAAAAAUAAACCUGAGUGGGAAAAGAAAAAUGA